GAUAUUCAACACCGCGGCUCCGCCUCUUUAGCCUAGUCGGCCCGUUCGAUUGCCUAAGUAUUCAGGUCGACUUUCGCUUAAACAUGGAAAAAGAACUCGACACGGCAGUUGUUGAGUUAUUUCCAAAGGGAAGCAAGAUCGUUGUGACACCGCACGGUCACUCGGAUUGGGCGACUACAGAGCGGGUUCAUACCACGGCGCCUGAUGGUUCCCAAAAAGAAUACUUUCUGAAGACCUUGAAGGCUGACGAUGGCGACGAACGUGUCCGGGGCGAGUACAUUUCCAUGUCGGAAAUAUAUAGGACGCUGCCUGGCAUCGCGCCGGAACCCCGAGGGUAUGGGAAAUGCAACAAGGGCGGUGCCUACUUUUUCCUGUGCGACUUCCUUCAUAUCAACAAGGAUGCCCUCCCCAACUCAGUCCGGCUCGGCAAAAAGCUGGCCGAAUUGCAUCGCAAGAGUGUGUCCCCAACGGGCAAGUUCGGGUUCCACUGUACAACGUUCGACGGUAAACUACCUCUCACGACGGGGUGGGAUAGCAACUGGACGUCCUUUUUUACGAAAUUGAUACGUGGCGUUUAUGAGCUCGACAUUAAAGUCAACGGUCUGUGGAAAGAGCUGGACGACACGAUGACGAUCACGUUUGAGAAGCUAAUUCCUCGGCUACUCGACCCCCUCACUGCUAACGGCCGAGCCAUCAAGCCUUGCCUCAUCCAUGGUGACCUGUGGGAGUCCAACAUUGGGACGAUCGAGCACACGGAAGAGAUUUAUAUCUUUGACGCCUGCGCCUACUACGCCCACCAUGAAAAGGAGCUGGGUAUUUGGAGAUGCAGACACCAUCAGUUGCAUACCCCCCACUAUCGUGAGGAAUAUCUCAAGAACUUCGAGGCUAGUGAGCCUAAGGCCGAGUUUGAUGACCGGAACCGACUGUAUUCUGUCGAGACAUUGUUGAUCAACUCAGCGCACUCCCCUGGGUCAGAGACACGAAGUGAGGCUCUGAACGAGCUGAACUGGCUCGUGAACAAAUACCUUGGGGAAAUGUGAACGGUUUUAUGUCACUAAGUUGCGAGCGUGCCAAUGUAUGUAGACUGUUUGGGGU